AAUGAAAUUAUUUCACCAACAAUGCUACCUUCAAAAGUAUGCUAUACAUUUCAAAACUCCAAAAAGUAUGCAAGGAUUUUUUUUAAAUUUAUUUUCACCAACAUUAAAGCUAAAAAGCUAUUUCACCAACAUUUUAACUUUUUUUAAGGAAAACUAACAUAGAAAUUCUCAAAUUUUUGGGCUUAAUUUUUUUUUGUCAAAUUUUUUUCGGUGCUCAGCUAAGAAAAGCAAAAAAAAUAAAUAAAUAAAAGGUAAAACUCAGCAAAAAAGUAAUAAAAUAAAAGCGGACACGUCCACAAGAGGGCAAUACAACCCACCAACAAUAACAACCACAACAAGAAAACAGACUCGGGAGAGACGUGCAGUAAAGUGAAGUGUAGAGAAAAGAAGAGACGAGAAGGAAGCCAAAGUGUCAACAAGGACACUUCAAAGGACGAAUACGGUCGGUAAAGAGCGAAAAGUGAGCCAGGAGUCAGGAGCCAGGAGGACAUUGCGCCGGACAGGAGGACAGGAGGAGCGAAUUUCCCCGCUGGCGAGCAAUUGAGCAAUUGUGCAAAAUGGAUGCUCUACGCUUCCGUGGAUCACCGUUUGCCCGCUUCACGGGCCAAUCAACCGGACCGGGCCAUCACCGGCCACCAGCACAUCCGCAACGUCCCCAGCCACCGGGGGCACCUGGGAUCGUCGCUCCCGAGCCACUGAUCGUGGUCGAGGAGUCGAACUUUGCCGAGGAACAGGAUCCGGACAGCUCCGAGACCGUCUCGAAUCGGGCCAGCCUGGACAUUGAUUCUCCGGUUAAUCCGUAUCUCUUGUCGCCAUGGCGCGAUCCCCGGGAGGCACGAAAGCACUCCCUGCCCUCCCAGCAGGUCACCGAGGGCAUCACCGCCAGUCAGGUGCGUCGAUUGUCGGAGCGCGGAGGCGAGGGUUCUGGUCCGACGCCCAAGGAGGCAGCCUUCCUGGCCACUUUGUCGCAGGCCCCAGCCCCCACCGGGCGGCGGCACUCGGUGGUGACCAUUUCCAAGGUGCCAACUACAUUAUUUGGACGCUCGCGUCGGGAGUCGGUGGCCGCGUAUCCCAACAGUAAUAGUGGAAGUAGUCGGAUUUUGAGUUCCCGCCGGGAAAGCAACACAGGCCCCCCCUCCACCGAUCCCAUCGGCAGCAUCCACAACCUCCAGCUGGACAUUAUGGACGACAUCUACUUGCAGUCGCGCAAGGCCCGCUUGAAGCUCUGGACCUCCUCCAACGAGAAGGUCUGCGAAGUCCAGACCGUCGACGAGGUGGGUGCCGCCCAGCCGGCCCGCCGCUUCACCAACCGCCGCUACUCGGAGUGCCCCCAGCCGGGCUUGGCCAGCUCCUUCCGCCGCUCCUCAGAGCUACCGGUCGCCCCACCCUCCAUCCAGCCCACCCAGAUCCAGCCUAGCACCUCCAAUCGGGCCUCCACACGCCGCAAAAAGUCGGGAAGCGGUGGCGGACUCCUCGGCAGCCGCACAGACCUAGCCGGCAUCUUUAGUUCCCUCACCAGUUCCGCGAUGGACAUGCACCGGCCAGAGCCGGAGGGUCGGGACGGCAGCUCAGGGGCAUCAAGCUCAUCGGCUGCCACCGCCAGCAGCCCCUUUCUCAGCCAGACAUUCCAGGCCGCGGCCCGGGGACGAGCCACCAGCGCAACGCCGACACCAACAGCCCAGAGCGGAGCACAGGCCGCCGGCAGCAGUGGUGGAGCUGGGGGUAGCAAUGGCUUGCUGGAUCCAAACGCCGGACGCUCCACACGCUCCAAUAGCUUCGAUGUGUCCUUGCUGAACAACGCCAAGCAGCUGGUGACCGAGGCGCAGGAUAAUGGAUCGGCGGCCCUGUCCGGAUGGUUUGCAAAGCGCCACCAGCCGAUGGCCCGGAAGAAGAGUGUCCGCAGCAAGAGCUCCGCCGUGGCCCUAUCCAAGGAUGUCCUGGAGCGGCUGCAGAAGAAGGAUCCGUUGGGCGGUGACUCCGGCAAGCCGAAACUAAAGCCACGCGCCAAACAGAAGAGCUGGGCCGAUGCCACCAAGGCGAACAUUGUGGAUGCCACCAUUCUGGGCACCGCCAUCGAGGGUUUCCUGCGUAAGAGCUCCAAUGCCAGUAUGGCGGGUGGCACGGCAUCCGGUUCUGGGUUGGGAUCGGGCGCCUCAACAUCGGCGGCGGCACGAGGUGCCACGCCCAAAACGGGCGGAUCGGGCAGCGCCAGCGGCAGUCCAGCCCACAGCUCGCGACGGAAUCGGAGCAGCAGCUCGGCCCAGUCGCAGGCCGGGCGAGCGGUGCGCUCCACCCUGAACUGGUUCGGCAAGGCCGACGAGGACGAUUCCAAGGACACGUGCGACGCCUCGCUGUGCGCCACACUGAAGGACCUCUUUGUCAAAUAGGUCGGGGGACGCAGAGGCAAGUAGAGCGGUGGGUCGCGUCCCAACUGAAGCAGCAUAAUGCCAGCUACUUGCACCUCUGAGAUCCGAGAAUCCUUAUCGAAAAUCGACAAAAAAAAACAAAAAAUCGACAACAAAUAAAAACGUAACAAACGAACGAACAAACGAACUAAGUUUGAAGCUGAAAAACACACACCAGUGAACAAUAAAUACAGCAGCUAGAUAAUAAUAAACCAUUCACACAUAAAACACAAUGUCGACUAGUUGAAAGCACAAAAACAAUAGCAUAGCAUAGCAUAGCAUAGCAUAGCAUCCCACGUAUUCGACAGAGAAGUUAAACCAAUAUUCAGUGUUUUACAUUCAAAUCAAGCCAAAACAAAAGAAUAUAUAAACCAUUGCAUCCACAAAAUAAAUAAUACGCCGACAUCAACCGAUUAUCAGGACAGUUAAUGGCAGGAAAAUAUUGGUAUAAUUCCGGAGAAAUAUUAUGGCAGUUAUAGCGAGAGGACCGUACGGUCUCUCCAGAUUGGGAACAGAUAGAGAACUUAGAACUAAAUAGUAACUGGAACAGCAAUACACUGAAAAAAGUAUCACCUCAAAUAGCAGAGCACACUGACACUGGAAAACUGUACCUGAAGAGCAACACGACGAAGCAACUCUGACAGUUAUCGAUAAACACACAAACACAAUAAGCAAAACAUAGUAACGGUGAACAAUAACAGUACAAGCGAGUAACUAACGGUACAAGUAACUUUUAUUGGUAUGAUAAGCGAAAGACGAUUGAGAAACGAUAAGCGAUAUAUAGUGAUCGAUAGGCAGAUAUGUAGUUAAGCGAUAACCGAUAGGUUUAAGGCAAAAAAACGCUGCAGGGGAACUAGGAAUCAGGAACUUGGUAUGGUGAAGGAAUGCGACCCAGGACGAAACAUCUCACCUCACAUUAAUCCUCGACCUCAAAACGACGUGACGACAGACCUCAUUAAUAUAUAAAGAUAACAGAUAAUAUAGAAAAAAAGAUAAUAUAUAUUCUCAUACAUUAUUAUAAUAUUUGUAAUUGAAAAAAAAAGAAAAUAUAUAAUAUUAAUAUUUGAAAAAAAAAUAAAGCAAGAGAAGAGGGUUCAAACUCGAGCAGAGAAAGCAUAAAUAUUUUUCUAUGUGCUGAGCAAUUCAGGGCAGGAUCUGUUAAGGAUAUCCUAGCCAGGACAUGUUUUUUUUUUUUGUAUUUUUUGUGAAAAAUAUCAAAAGAAAUACGCAGACAUAUGUAUGAAUGAAGGUUUAAAAAAGGCAACCUGCGGCUCGAACCUUUGCCAUAAAUACGAAUAUGAAUAUGAAUACACAGUCACAUCAGUCACACAAUGAAAAAUCAAGCAUGAUUACAUGCUCAUAAAUAUAUAGAUAUAUACAUAUAUAUAUAUAUAUAUAUGUAUAUCUAAACAUUAUGCGAGUUUAUUUAAAAUGAUGAGAAUAAGAAAUAAAUGUCUACAGACUCAAGAGUUUUAAUCAAUGUAAACCACACAAUAAAUGUAAUUUGUAUGUACAAUCUGAGCUUACUCGAAAGCAUCAAGGUAAAUCCUAAUAAAUGCCCAACUAAAUCGAGUUUAAAGCGUUGAAUAUUAAAAUUAAAUGUUGGCGUUGAAUAUUUAAUGUUUAACAUAAAAUAAUAACGAAAGCCAAAAGCGGAAAAGUACUUAGAAAAAAUCAAAGCACAAGCAGAGUGUGUGUUUUUUUUUUUGUGGGGGAAGGGAAACGCAAAAUUUCUCUUCCGGAAAAAGUUGGAAGGAAAAUCAAUUAAAGAACAAAUUCAAAUUGGAAUUUUUUGCAAAAGAGGCUGGAGAGAGGCUGGAUAUUUUGGCAAACAAACAAUCAGUCAAUAUUGCAAUCAAUCAAGUGUGUUUCUAUAUGCGGCAUUUGGCUUUGUCAAUUUGUCAAUUUGGUCGAAAAAAAAAACUAUGAAUAUGAAUAUGAAUGGUAGGCUGGUUAGGCUUUGAUGAUUGGAUUUAUUGAAUUAUUAUACAUUAUACAUUAUACAUUAAAAUAACUACAAUAUAAUCAAUGAAUUAUAUCUCAAUGUGCCCGAAAAUGUGCGUGUUUUAGACUCUGAUUUCCAUGUGCGGUAACCCAAAGUUAACUUUCCACUUUCAGUGUGUGUUGAUACUGAUCUAUAUCUAUACAAAGCAUAUUACUAUACAAUAUAUUAAAUAUAUUUAAAAAGAAAAAAUAAAUACUAUUUACAAUCGCGUACCUUCUUGGUCGCAAAAAACAAAAAGAUACUAAAGUUGUCCAUGUUUUGCUCACAUCACCUCCUAACUGUUGUUCUAUAUAAUCAAUCUAUAUAUAUAUACAAUAUAAACUAUAUAACAAUAAAUGUGUACAAAAAAAAGAAAGAAAAAAAAUUGGAAAAGCAAAAAGAAAGGCCAAAGCAACUCUCAAGUUCUAUUUGUCCUAUUUUUGAUAGUUGUAUAUAUAAUUGUACUACACAGAUAUAUAUACAUAUACCGGAGAUUAUACAAUAUACUACCUGUGUGUGUGUAUAUGCCAUAUAAGAAUAUUACUAUAUGGAUGCAAAUGAAGAUGCAAUUUUUUUCGAUUGUUUUAGCAUUGAAUGUGCAUAGAUGUAUGACCUUACAAAAAAAAAAGAAAACAUCCUACGUAUUAUCGUAAAAGUCUAUAAAGAUAAUAAUGCAUUCCUUGGGGGCGAGGACCUUUGUAGAAUCAGCAAAAAUUCUAAAAUCUUUACUGAUUCUGAUAGAGGUCGCUGCCCAUCAAUUGUGUCAUUUGUUGUUGACGUUUGUUUUGAUGUCGUGCAAUUGUAAUUACCGUUAUUCAAUUGUUGUUAAAUGUUUAUUCCAAGAAAAAAGAAGUUACAACAAAAAAAAGGAUGUAUCUUGUAUCUUUGUAUGAUAUACAUCAUAAAAGCGGUUACCACCGACUUACACAGUACUUUCGUAAUGUUAAAUGGCGCCCAACGUUUCUUAGUGUGUGGUCCAGUACUGUCCGAGAAAGAGAUGGCAAGAGUUAGAGAGAAAGAGAGAGAUUAUGGAGGAAGAUCUAUAAGUUAUAUGAAAUUUUUUUCGGGCGUUUUUCUGGGUGGAUCUUACAAAACCCAGGGGGAAAAGUGGGCAAAACUACGCAUAAUCUAGUGAGUAAAAAAUUAAAAAGGCAAAGGCAUGUAUCAACUAUCACAAAUAUAUAUAUGUAUAUGUACUUAUGCCAAAUGAGUAUAACUAACUAAGAUAUAUAUGU